AUGAACUGCCAGAAGGCGUCGCGCAAGUGUGACUACUCCAUCAAGCUUAUAUGGGGUGGCAGACCGUACAAGAAUCCCCGGGUUGAAAAAUUGAAUCCUGUCGCCGGAUUAUCGCGCACCAUCUUACAGCAGUCAAACCCAAACUCUCAAGGUAAAGUUCGAAUUAAGCAGGAGCCUCAAGAGCUAAACUUGUUUCUUCAACCAGAAUCCGCGGCUCCUACAGUUGCUGAUGGCUCAUCUUCGCAGUCACUUCACGAAAACAUCCGCUCGGUAAGCAAUAUUCUGGACUCCAUGUAUGAUUCUGCAAAUAAGCCGUCACAAAUCUUGGAGAAUUUCGAGCCAUACUUACCCCAGCCGCCUCCUGCUGAUGUUAAUCUUACAGAUAUGGUUGAUGAUUAUUCGGAUGACAUUAUGAAGCUAGAGCUAUUUCAUCCAAGGUUGCAAUCUAAUUUACAUGCCACACCCUUUAUCCAAGAGCGCAAAUGGUCUGGUAGAAUGUCAAAAUGGGACACAGAGGAUCUAGAAGAUGAUGAUGCGUCCUUAGCCAUGAACAGAGAGUUUUCCACCGCAUCCAACACAUACAGUCUUUCACGCACAUAUUCGGAGAGCUCUACCUCAGAAAUCUUGGAGCCGGUUCCACGGGGACUUGUCCCUUUGCCCGAUCUGCUGCUGAACGUUCCCGAUUACUACGAGGCUUUCAACUUUUUCUUCAGCUCCACAGCACAGCUAUUCAUGCCGUUUGGCGACGCCGUGCAAAAGUACAACCCUUUCAAAAAAGUGCUACCUCAGUUGGCGUUCUCCAAUGACGGUUUAUUGGCUGUAACUGUGGCUUACGGAUUGGCACACAAGUCAUAUCUCACAAACCAAAGCGAGCCAGCAGAAUUGCUCGAGCAGUUGCUGAGCAGAUCACUUGGAGAUCUUUUGGAGUUGUUGCAGAACAAAGAAACAUCUACCAGCGACCUCACUUUGACACUCGUUCUUCUAAUCAGCUCUUUUAUGGUGUUCACUUUCAAGCAUAAUUGGGAGGUGCAUCUCAAUGGUGCUAAACAGAUCCUUUUGCUCAGAGGCUACAAAAAACCUUUUGAGAAACUAUUCAAAGAGAGCAAGAAUUUGCAGUCGCAGUGUAUCAGCGGAGAGAUAAAACGUUCAAAGCUGAUAUUUUUUCUCUUGCGAUGGUUUGCUUACAUUGAUGUUCUGGCCCAGUUGGCCUCCCCAUUAGAGCCAACUCCCCAGGAAAUUGAAAAAUACACGGAAAAGCUGAAAAUCACCGAGCUUUGUGCUCAGCCAAGUGACUUUGAUUAUGAAUUCGAGUCCAACGAAGAUGCUGAAUCGCUAAUGUUGGAUGAGUCACAUGCCAAUGUGGACUAUUUCCUGGGCUUUAAUAUCAAAUAUCUUCCCUUGUACAAGAAGACGACUGUGCUCAUCAAGCAAGCAAACCUUCGUGCACUGGUAAAUCCUUCUGCUGGAGUGUUGCCGUCAGUGAUCGAUCUCGCUCUUCAAAUGGCCGGAACCUUUCAAAGGUUAUCCUCGGUGUCUUCCCAAAACCAAGAUACCAUAAUCGCUAUAAACAGGGUAUUCACGUUAUUUGGACUCAACCAAAUUUACCGCAGGGUACUCAAGGUCCCUAAAAGCUCUCCGCUGAUUCAGGACAUGUGCGCAGAAACAAUUUCUAUUAUUGACUUACAUCUACUUGAUGACUCACCAAAUCAGAUAAGCAUCUUUCUUCCGGUUUUUGUUUCUGGAUGCGAUUCCAGCAACGAAGAACUUCGUUUCCGCCACCUGAGACGGAUGACAACUAUAGCUCAUACCGGCUCGCCCUCGGCACAAUUUGCCGUGGACCUUAUGACCCAGUGCUGGGAGCGCGACCAGGACUGGUGGCAUGUGAUGCAGAAAGAGGACAAAAAACAUCUGUUUUUCUAG